AUGUCCCUCCCCUUCCCGAGCCUUCGCAUCUCGCCGCUUCCCGCCCUUUCACCAGACGAACAGGAAGACCGGCACAGGAAGAAGAAGGUGGUUCGUGGCUUUCAGGAGGUUCCGUCGAAGAAGAUGGCGAAUGGAUCUCGAGAGAACGCCUUCGAGCGCAAGCACCUGUACGGCGUGAUGGGUAUCCUCAUCACCGCCGGACUGACCAAGAAGCCGAGGAUCAUCGAUCACUGGGCCGUCGGAGCCCACGACAACUACCCCCUGGUCCGGGCCUGCAUGCCUCGAGACCUCCAUCCUGUUCUACGGCCGCUUCUUCCACUUGGCACCUCCCACCGGCAAGCUCAAGAAGGAUGAUCCCCAGUACGACAGCAAACACCACAUCAGGUAUGCCCCAUAGAAAAACACGCACGCCAACAGACUGCAAUUGUAGGUACGGUGGAUGGGUAUACUUUAUUUUCGUUCAGAGGAUAUUUAAUUUUAUUUUCAGUUUUGGAGACCAAUAUGGGGUGAUCUUUGCCCUUGGCGCUGUGUCGUCUCCUUCGCCCUCUCAGCAGAAUGACUUAAAUAUUGCUGAAUAGAAAUUGCUCGAUUACGAACCAUUUGGGCCCACUGGAAGCUGCUUUGGAACAAAGUGUGUGUCGUAAUCGGAACACGAAACAUCCGUAUCGGUGUCGGCCUUCAAAUUCGCUCAGGUUGCGUGAGUUAUAGUGAAUCGCUGGUUGGGGGAGCAAUACGCAUGUAUAUCCAGCGUCCCCCCCCCCGCCCCAAAGUAGUAUUGCUAAGGGCCGUUUUAAACUGACCGACUUUUUGUCAAAAUGUUUGAAAGUGUCAAAAAAAUGGAACCUGUAUGUAGGCGUUUGUCCAUAUUUUUUCAAAAUAUUUGGAACGAAGUUGGGCGCGAAAAGUUUGCUCCACUUGGUUCCAACUUUGACUUUUUGACAACCCUCUCAAAGUAUUUGGAGCACUUUCCAAAGUACCCUUGCAGAGGCACGCGCGGGCUGCUGCGUCUGCACCACGAGUGCCCCUCACCGUAGAAAGUCAGCUAGGGUUGUGUGUGGGUCAUGGCCGACCGUAGAAAGCGCGGCGCGCCUACAGAUUCGAGCGGCUCUCCUCGCCCACGGGCACGCGCAAUACAAAAAAAAAAACGGCGGUCCGCCAUGAUGGCUUGCAGUUGUUGCUUCGCGUCCGCCGCUUUGUUUUUUCCUUUUCCCGGGGGGGUAGGAGCAGUGGUUGCCACCCCUCGCCGGCGGAGUGUUGGUGGCGGCAGCGCCUCCCGUGGUAACAUGAGUGUUCCCCGAGAUGCCAGGCAGCAGCACUAUCUUGCUGGAGAGCAAGCCUCCACCGCCUACGGCGGCACCGAGAGAGCCCGUCUGCUGGAAUUUCGCCGGGGUUUUGGUCUGCCGGCCACGCUGGGUGGUCGUGAUAUCCAUGUCGGUGUCCAUGAUGUCGUGUUUUCCGCGGUUUGUGUUGUGUCGUCUGUGUUGUCUCGAAGUGAGCGCUACAACUCACGGACGGCGUCAUUUUUUUUGACACAAGUUGCACAAGUCUACGUCACACGUUUAAAAUGACUGCACACAGGUUCCAAGUUUUUGAAAGACAACUGUCGAAAUUUUUGACAAAAAAGUCGGUCCGUUUAAAACGGUCCUAACUGCAAUCAGUACUUCCUCUCUACGUGAACCCCGCCGGGUAGCUCCGCCGAUGCCGUCAGCAAGUUCGCUCAAGCCGUCAGCAACGCGUGGCUCCUGUUCUUCGAGUGGGCCGGGGUGCUAGCCACGCAGUGUACCGCGGCGUUGGAGGCGGCGACACAAGACCGGGGGGUGGGUUAUGCCGGGGACGCCGGGAAAGCCGGAGAGGGGGGGGCGGCGGCGGACCGUUGCGACCUCACGGUGGCAGAGCUCCAAGAAUUUCAAUGCCUAAUCGAGAAGGCUAUUAAGAUGGAGCGUAUUGACUGGGACCGUAGGCUCGCGAAUCACCUCAUGUCCUUGUGUAUCGUGGGUCACGGUGGGAAGGGGGCAAGGCGCAUGACGACAGUGGAGUCGUACCGCGUGAAGGGCGCACGCGGUCCGCGUGUAUGCCAUGGGGGGGCUUGCAACAAGACGGCCGGUCCGUACACUGGGACUAGAACUUGUGGGGUAUGCUGGUGUGAUACUUGCACGGGUGGGAUGGGGAAGGACCGGGCGUUGAUGCUGUGCAAGACGUGCAGGAGAGUACCAGAAGCGCAUGUUGCCGCUAAAAACUGGGCCGCUGAGAGAACGUACAAGCCAAUCAAAUGGUUUGGAUCGCCGCCCGAGUAAUUCAUUGUGAUUGUGUGUGUCCCAGGCCAGUGUUUUGAAGUNGGGGGGGGGGGGAUUCUAUACAAGUUAGUCGACAAACAGCCCUGUUGCAACGAUCUUCUGUCUGUAGCUUGACUAGCUUAUAGUUGAAUCGGAGUUGUCAUUGUGAUUGUUUGCAUGCUACGGUGUCAAGAUGCUGCCCGGUGCGGCGGUUGGUAUGCACUCGAACCACGCAGAGAAUAGCAGGAGGCAGGAGGGAUUCCCACGGCUUCACGAGUACCUCGUACGACCCCCUGCUCUUUUCUCGCUACUCGGGUGCCAGGGUUAGGGUUAGUCCGGCGUGCGUUAGUAAUGUCAGCGUUCCGGGUUGGAAUGGAAGUGUAGGUUCAUGUGUCAACAGCUGGGCGAAUGCCCUGCGCCAAUGGAAGAAGUCGUGCGCAUGCAAAAAAUGCGGAAAGGUGUUACGACUCAUGUCUAUCGUACAUUGAACAACACGCAUACACUCAUGCUUAAAUGGGUACCGCAGACACUCUGUCACGUGCCGUUCCCUAUCAUGGUGGCAAGAGCGAAGAGGC